AUGAAAUUACUAGCCCUAGAGAAUCCAUUGAUACCAAGUCAAUAUGAAUUAAAUAUUGAAAUUGAUCCAUUAAAUACAACUUUUAAAGGUAUUAUAACAAUUGCCUUACAUAAAAAUAAAAAUAUUAAUAUUAAAGAAUUUAACAAGUUUAAGUUACAUGGUAAAAAUUUAUCAAUUACUUCUGCCACUUUUGCAAAUAAUAAUGAUUUAAAAGUAACUUCAUUAAUUGAUCAACAACAAUUCUUAUUUGAAUCAAAUGAUUUAUUAUCAUUAAACGAUAACGAGAUUUAUAAUUUAAAAAUUGAAUAUCAAGGGAAUAUCAAUCAAAUUAAAACACCAAAUGAUAAGACUCAAGGUUUAUUUAUUUCAAAUUUCAUGUCAAAUGAUAAAAAUACCGCUAACAAUUAUAUUUUAGCAACCCAUUGCCAACCUUCUUUUGCAAGAUUAAUUUUCCCUUGUAUUGAUGAACCAUCAAUUAAGACUAAUUUUAUACUUUCAAUUAAGUCCUUAAAAAGAUUUAAUACAGUGUCUGUCUCAAAAAUUGAUAAAAUUGAUGAAUCAUCUUCAAUUGAUUCAAUGAAGACAACUCAUUUCGAAAAGACAGAAUUAUUACCAACCUCAUUAUUUGGAUUUGUCAUUGGAGAUCUUGAAGAGAUUCAUUUAGAUUUACCUAAUAUGUCUAAGGAUUCAAAUGCUUUACCAAUUACAAUAUAUUCUCCAUUAAAAGUUACUCAAGCUACUUAUACAUUGGAUAUUAUUCAAAAAUAUUUACCAUUAUUAUCAAAUUUUUUCAAUUUUAAAUUUCCAUCAAAUAAAUUAGAUUUUGUCUUAUUACCUUUCUUAAAUGAUAUGGUGAUGGAAAAUUUUUCAAUGAUUACAGUUCAAAUGGAUUUUUUACUAUUUACUCCACAAAGUUUAGCUAAUCCAAACGUUAGAAAUCAAACUAUUCAAUUAGUUGUACAUGAAUUAGUUCAUCAAUGGAUUGGUAAUUAUAUUUCUUUUAAUUCGUGGGAAUUUUUAGCGUUUAAUGAAUCUUUUGCAACUUUUUUAGCAUAUUAUUUAAUUUCAAAAAAUGAUCCAGAUAAUAAUAUUUGGUCAACUGAAAAUUAUUUACAAAAUGAAUUAGCCACUGCAAUGAUUCAAGAUUCUGAUUUACCAACUUCAAAAAGUAUUCAUGAUAGAUAUAAUCAACGUUCUCAUAAUAACAGUGGUGAUGAUAUUACUACAAAUGAUCUGUUUGAUCCUAUCUCUUAUCAGAAAGGUAUUUCAAUGUUAAGAACUUUACAAUUAUCUAUUGGUGAAGAUUUAUUUCAAAAAGCAAUGGCUGAACUGUUUGAAGAUACAGUAACAUUUCAUAAUGUUCCUAUUAAAUCAAUGGAUAUUUUCCAUAAGUUAGGUCAAAUAUUAAAAUCUGAAAAUGUUACUAAUUUCGUCAGCUCUUGGACUAGAUUACCUGGUUUGCCUAUUGUUUCUGUCACCACGACAAUUGAUGAAACUUCCAAAUCAUUAAAAUCAACACUAACCCAACAUAGAUUUUAUUCAAGUGAAAAUAUUGAUCCAGAUUUUGAUCAACAAACUGUUGAAGAUAUUCCAUAUCACAUUACAUUGUUGACUCAAUUACCAGGUAAGUUAAGCGAUACUAAAAACACUUUGAUGACUGAUAGAUCAUUGAAAUUAGAUUAUCCUGUAACUUUAUUAAACAGUAACUCUCAAGGUUAUUACCGUGUAUCUUAUGAAUCUCAAGAAUGUUAUGAUGAAAUUUGUAAAGAAUUAACACUUGGUAAUAUUGAUGAUAUCAGUUUAUUCAAAAUCUUUCAAGAUAUAUCUUUUUACCUUGGUAAUAAAUUUUUCCAAAAAUCAAUUCAUAUAUCUGGUACUAUUCAAAUAUUAAAUCAUAUCGCAUCAUCACCAAAGGAUAUAACUUUAAAAUCAUUAAAUUUAUGGAAGUCAUUAUCUGAAGGGUUAUCUUUAUUACAAACAAUCGUACAGGCCGCUGUAGUUCACAACAGAAGAGCGAUAAUUACAAAGAUAACUAAACUAGUCAGCAAAUUAUCUGAAAAAGUAGAUGAUUGGUCUAUAGAGACCAUUUCUCAAUUACAUGAUCAUCAUGAAUUGAGUACGUUUUCUAAGAUUAUCGCAUUGACAAGUACUACUAAACCAACUCAAGAUCUUUGUCAAGAAUUAUUUAAACAUAUUAGACAAGGUCCUAAUGAUUCAAUUCCAAUUGAACUGGUAAGUAGCAUUUAUAUGACUAUCAGUUACCAAAUGACUAAUAUUAAAGAUUGGAAGAAACUAUUUGAGUUGGUUAAGACGUCAUCUGGUAUUGCCUCUCAUAUUAUUGAUUUUAACUCUACAUCUGAAAAUGAAAAAAUUAUUACUUUACAAAAUUUAGCCAUAACAAAUUUGGGGUUUGUCACUACAGAGGAAUUAAUAACUAAGUUAUUGAAUUUUAUUGAUACAAAUAUUGCAGCUACUGGGAUUGAAAAUGCAUUUAUUGGUGUUAAUUACAACUCUCAAGCAAUUAUCAACAAGAAGGACAACACGAAGGUUCGGGACGCUGUUUGGAAAUGGUUCAAAUUACAUUAUUCAGGAUGGAAGAGGAAUCUAACUAAAGGAACUGGUAGUGAUGGACGUGGAGAAGAGAAAUUAGAGAAGAUCGCAUUUAUGGUUUUGCAAAUGUUUGUCGAAUCAUCUAAAUUAAUCGAAAAAUACGAAAAUUUCGAAGAUAUCAAGCCUGUUUGGGAAACUUUACAACACGAAGAUCGUUCUAAUUGCACAAUAAUUUCUGGAUUUUCAAAAUAG